AUGCCAGCUGCUGGUCCGACGUAUCUGCGUGGCGGUGGCAGUGAUGAGCAGCAGCAGCAACAGCAGUAUCCUGAUUUCAAGGAUCCUGCACCGCCAUUGGUUGCUGAAUAUAAUCUGCAUGUUACUGGGCUGCGCGAGCGACGGUGCUCCGAUAAGCUGCAUUUCACAUUCUGGUUUUCCGGCUCUUCGGUUUUGCCUUGA